AUGGAGAUCGCAGCAAGCAGUAUCGCCUUCGUUCAGGCUGGCGUCGGCACGGGAAAGGCCAUCGUCAGAGCCAUUCGAAUGUGGGAGCAGGUCAAGCAGCUCCCCAACGACCUCAGAGCCCGACUCAAGAGGCUGGAAUCCCUCGAGCCCAUGCUGCGUCACAUCGAAUCCGACUUUGCAAAGUACCCGGAACUACGCUUUCACCCAACCGCCCAGCAAUGUCUCGCUUAUGCGAUGGAAGUCGAAGCUACCAUGAAGUCUCACGUAGAGAAACUCGAGGGGAAGAUCCAGAAGCCUAGCAGCAACUUUAGAAAGCGGGUCAACUCGUUGAAGAUCAUAACGCUGAAGAAAGAGGAGAUUUCCAUGCUGGAGAGUGAGCUUGCUUGGGCCAUGGAAUCUUUGCAGCUUGCCAUCACUUACUUCCACAUGCAAGUUAUAUUUCCCCUGGCGAAGAGCGAGAUAUCUGAGCAGCUUGUGAUCAAACAGACCUCGGAUCGAAUCAGAGAGUAUAGCAUAGCGUGCCAGGAGGAUGUGGUGAAAAAGACGGCGCAAGCUGUCGCCAAUAUGAUCAAGACUCGGGAGGAAGUAGAUCCCAAAGUCGUUGACGCAGGGUCUGGAAAGGUGCUUCCUGCGCCCCCAAAGCGAAAACCAACCAUGGUCAUGAAGUCUGGAGCAUUUGGGCGAUACUCAUUCCAACGCUCCAGGAGCAACGACGGAUGGACCGCUUCAUUGCAGAUACCGUGGUCUCAAUCAGACUCAUCUGCAGUCUUUGAAACUGUUAGAAAUGGAGAUCUAAGGCGGCUGGUAAACCUUUUCAAGACGGGUGAAGCAACCCCAUUCGAUAGGAACGAAUCCGGUAAAUCACUUCUAUAUGUAGCGGCUAAAUACGAGAGACUUGAGGUCUGCCAAGUCCUCAUACAGCAAGGCGUACUUGCCGACGAUGAGCGAGAAAGCUACGGCGGAACCCCAAUAGAUGUCAUCGUACGAUCUCGAACCAAUUUCGAACGGAAAGAUGAUGAUGCCAACCACCGGGCCAUCGUUUCCCUUUUCCGCAAUGCCGCCCAAAGCACCCUCACACUAACCCUCGAACGCCUAUUUACCUUCAUGGCGGAGUACACGUACGGCGAUGAGUACAUCCGAGUAUACUAUUCCAAAUUUCUCACCGAUUACCAAAUGCGCUUCUCUUUGAGCGACCGUCUCGAGGCAGUGAGGCUUGCCGCUUUCAUCGUCCGCGAGGAUACAACGUAUUUAAAUCUCCUAUCCUCCGAUCACACCAUCUCACCAAGCGAUGUUGAGAAGAGCGAUGAAUACGGCUUCUCGCUGUUGCAUUCCGCAGCAAUAGCCACCGGGAUAAGACUCGCGGACGAACUGCAGUUUGACCGGCGGAUCUUACGGCCGCGCACUUACACAUCCGCCUGGAGUGACGUUAUCAUCAAGACCUUACGAAGCUUGCCCAACACAAUGAGCCUAUGUCACGUCGAGACUGUCGUCCCGUGGGACUGGUUCGUCGUACCUGUUUGGAAAGCCACUCCCUUAAUAUCUCUUCUCGGUGGCGCCUUAUGCCGAGUAUCGCCUCACCUACCUUUGGAAGAAUGGGACGAUGUCUUCCAAGCUGUACUCAAACAAUGGCUCCGAGACCUAGUAUCUGCGGGCGUUGAUCUACUUACGUACGGGGAGCAAGAAUCUGAGACAAUGAGGAUCACACAUCCUGAAGUGAAGGGGGCUUUUGACAGCGAUGCCAUCAACCUUUCCCGCAAAGUGGUCAGGAACCCGCUACAAGCGUGUAGUGAGCCCGGGUGGAUGACGAAGGUGGAAAGAACCUUUGAUAGGAGUGAUCGAUAUUGGAAACCAGUGCGGAUCAUCAGUCUCGACUAUGGUCCAGACGUCGAUGAUUGGAGGGUUCACUGGGUCGUUGAGGUCGAGGCGUUUGCUGGCGGACAGGAGCUCACCCCGCGUCUUCGUCAUCCUCGUGCACCCCAAGGUUCCAAGCUCCCAAGUCGUCCCAGUGCGGGGCAGAUUGGCUCACUUCAACCUCUCCUAGCUCCAGCCUUAUCCAAAGACACAAGAUCCGGCAUCACUCAUCAAGCCCGCCAAUUAUCCGUCUCGAUCUCUGCUCUGAUUCUCUCGUGCCCUGCUAGCCACGUUAGCUUAUCUAAAGCUAUGGCGUCCGGAGACACCCGCCCGCCGGGCAAACAGGGAGAGUGGUACUUGGGCGACCCUUCAAGUCUGAGAGAGCAGCUCGAUGACUUUCUCUCCGACGUGCCCGAUCAGAUAGAGGAUCAUGGCUUGCCUGUCCCUGGCGCUCGAGUCAUCAUUGCCCCCCAUGCCGGCUACACAUACUCAGGUGCUACGGCAGCCUGGGCGUAUAAGGCUCUCGACCUCAGCAAAGCCAAACGCGUAUUCCUUCUUGGACCCUCUCAUACCUUCUACCUCGCAGGCUGCGCAGUCAGCACAUAUCAGAACUACGGAACACCAUGGGGAGAUCUCAAGGUGGACGAGGAAGUCACGGGCCGUCUCAUCGACGAGCUCGAAAUCCCCGGUAUCCCGAGAUCCAACGAUAGAAAGGAACACUCGCUAGAGAUGCACUUGCCGUACCUUUGGGUCCGCCUAGAGCAGACAUUCGGUUCGCCCGAGAAUUUCCCGCCCGUCGUACCGAUCCUCAUCGGCGAUAACAACAAGGCCGAAGAGAAGGAGGUGGGCAAGUGGCUCGCCGAGUACAUCAAGGAUCCCGAGAACGCCUUCAUCGUCAGCUCCGACUUUUGUCACUGGGGUGGACACUUCGACUACACAAUCUACUGUCCAGACGGGACGCUCGAUAGCAAGGAGAGGCUCUACGAGUAUGGCCCCAAGCCCGACGGACCGCCUAUCCACGAGACUAUCAAGAUGGUGGAUGACCUGGCGAUCGAGGCCAUAAAGACUGGAAAACACAGCAGCUUCUACGACAACCUCAAGCAGACCAAGAACACGGUGUGCGGAAGACACCCGAUCGGAGUGACAAUGGCGGCGCUCGAAGAGCUGGGCGACCACCGGUUCACGUUCAUCCAAUACAAUCGCAGUACCCUCGUGACGCGACCGAGGGACUCCAGUGUGAGCUAUGUUUCCGCCUACGCAGUGGUAUGA